GUUCCUGUGGACACGAUGGUAAUAUAUGUCAGAGAGGAGAAGUGUAAUUACACAUUCGUUAUCUCUUUUACAGUUACAUACGUUUCGACAAGUGCAUUUCGAUUCUUCCUUUCUUUGUGUUUGCAUUUUCGAUCCAUCUUCAGUCUUUCUGUCAAAUUUGAGUUGGAAAUCAAAAUGUUGGCAGUAUUCAAGGCUUCAGUUGCAGAGGCCCCGGGGGAGCUUGUUAGCCCCCACUCCCAGCAUCAGGCAGAAACAAGGAAAACCGGCAUGGAUUUGAUCAAUGCUUUCAUCUCCUCUGAUUCUGGAACCGUCUGCGUAAAUCUUGGUGAUGCGGGUGCCAUGGCCUACACUACCAAACACCAACCUUUACUUAUACCCAGGUCAUUUGUAGCGGUGGAUGAUAUAUUCUGUCUGUUCGAAGGGACAUUGGAUAAUAUAGCGGCGUUAAGGCAGCAGUAUGGGCUGAACAAAAGUGCGAAUGAGGUUACAAUAGUGAUUGAGGCGUACAAGACUCUCAGAGAUCGGGGCCCCUAUCCAGCUGAUCAAGUGGUCAGAGAUCUUUCUGGAAAGUUCGCCUUUGUUCUUUUCGACUCCAAAUCUAAAACACUCUUCACUGCAACUGAUGCGGAUGGUUCAGUGCCCUUCUUUUGGGGUACUGCAGCAGAUGGUUGUUUGGUCUUAUCUGAUGAAGUCCGUUCCGUCAAAGAUGGCUGUGGAAAAUCCUUUGCCCCUUUUCCUCUGGGUUGCUUUUUCUCUACAUCAGGUGGAUUGCAGAGUUUCGAACAUCCAAGGAAUAAGCUGAUGCCUUUACCACAUGUUGAUAGUGAGGGGCACAUGUGUGGAGCAAACUUUAAAGUGGACGAGCUCUCUAAAAAGGAUUCUGCCAUCCGUAGAGUGGGUAGUGCGGCUAACUGGGCUUAACAAAUUCUGAUGUGAUAUAGAGUUAUAGAACCAUAUGUUUUUGUGACAGGAGUCAUCUGUUUUAUGGAUUUGUUCCACUCUUUUUUAAGUUAGAAGAAUUUUAAAUGCUAAGAUGUUGGAGUGGACCCAAUAAUUAGCCAAUAAUUAUUUGGCGUAGCAGUAUCUUUGAGGAAGGAUAUCCUGAACUAAAAUGUAGACUUCAUAUUAUGUCAAAUGAAAGUUAUCUGUAGUUGUACUUAUAAAAUAGUUUUUUUACCUCAUAAUAUAAGCAAUGUAUUAAUGGUUA